AUGGUCUCUACAGUCGGGGCUAGAGCAGCUAAGUGGACUCCUUCACUCUCACCCCGCCUCAAAAUUAAUUUUGACGGAGCUACAUUAAAGGAAUUGGGAUAUACAGGAAUCGGUGUUGUUGUUCAGAACUCCACAGGGGCUGUUAUUGGUGCUUUGUCCCAGCGAAUCAAGAUGCCUUCCUCAGCAGCAAUAGUUGAACUUCUAGCAUGCCGUAAGGCAAUGUUUUUUGCUAAGGAACUUGGGGUUGUGCAUUGCAUAGUGGAGGGUGAUGCUGAGGUGAUUAUAAAAGCACUUAGGCAGAAGGACUCAUCUCACCCAGAGUAUGGUCAUGUGAUUUAA